AUGCGAGCAGAUCCUGUGGAUGUUGUCGCUUUAGCAAAGAGAAAACGGCGUGUUUUGGGAAUUAGUAUUGGAAUUAUUUGUUUGUUUAUGACUGCCUGGCUUAUUGUCGGUUGUGUUUGGGUCUUUGGAGCAAAAUUAAAUGUACAAUCAAUAGAUGCAAUUCUUUGUCCAAUUUGUGGUGAUGUUCUCUGGAAACCUGUCACAUGUAGUUCAUGUGAAAAUUCUUUUUGUUCUUUUUGUAUUGAUAAAUGGUUGUUCGAACAACAAAAAGAAAUUAUUCCAAAUCUUGAUAAUGAAACUCAUCUGGAUUAUUCAACGAAAUCUUUAUCAUUAACUCGAUGUCCAUUCAAUUGUUCGCCUUAUAUUCAACGAAAUUGUCCGUCGCUAUUACGAAUAAUUUUAUCGAAAUUGAACAUUGAAUGUCGAAACAAAAUCAACGGCUGCCGAGAAAUUCUUUCUUAUGAACAAUUGGAAAAACAUCAAGAAGAAUGUUGUCCUUAUCAAGUUAUUCAAUGUUCGGGGUGUAAAAAAUUUAUUCGGAAAGACGUUUUUGAUGAAGAAAAUCACUUUUUAAUGUGUCGUUAUGUGAAAUUUCAAUGUACAAAAUGUGAAAGUGUCUUUCGACGAGAAGAUAAACAUGAUCGAUUUGAUUGUAUCGAAGGACAAAUUCGUUUGUUGGAACAACGAUUAAUGUUAACGGAACGGAAAUAUUCGACUAUUUGUGAAAUUCAAAGAAAGAAAUUGGAUAUUUUCUAUGAAAAGUUUGCGGUUAUUGAACAAAAUUAUGAAAUCGACAACGAUGAUUCAAUAGAAAGAACAAAUGGAGUGUGA